AUGGUAUUAUACUUUGAAAACAAGAUUCAAUACAAUUUUGAUUUUGAAACAACAACUUUAGCACACUUAAACAGAUAUCCAAAUCCAUACGCAAAACAUGUAUUAUCAGUAGAUACAUUAGAUUCACAUAUUGAUAAAGAAGGUCAAUUAAAUAUAACUAGAAUAAUUGUUAAAACAGGUAGAUUACCUAAAUUUGUUCGACCUUUUUUAGGUUCAACAAAUUUAAAUUCUUGGAUAAUUGAAAAAUUAAUAAUAAAUCCAAAAACAAAAACAAUGAAAUCUUAUACUUCAAAUAUAGAUCAUAGAAAAUUUAUAAGAAUUGAAGAAUUUUUAAAUUUUCAAACAGAUAAAUCUUUAUUAAAUUUAAUUGAAUGUAAUGCAAAAGUAAAAUUUUCUUCAAAUUUAAUUGGUUUAAAACUGAAAAUUGAAGAAUGGAGUCAUCAAAAAUUUUCAAAAAAUAUUAAUAAUUCAAGAGAUGGUUUAACUUAUGUUAUGAAUAAAAUGAAAGAAAAAGGAAAAUAUUAUUUUAUAAAAAAAAAUAUGAAUAAUGGAUUGGGAGUUUGA